GUUGGAAAGGCUGGUUCAAGUCCCUCUUAUUUUUUUUUGUUUUUGGCUGCAACAAAGGCACUCUGUCCGUCGUUGAGUGGCAGUUGACUGCAUCGAGGCCGCAACAAUGUCAAUGGCCUCACACGCUCUUUUACUUGUCGCAAUUAUAUUGCUAUCAUCGCCCGUCGUGCUUGCGACGUGCGCCUGCCAUGACAUUGCCAAGCUGCUUCCUGGGCGAGUCUUUUUGCCCGACUCCUCAGAGUACAAGACAUCUAUCUCGUCUUACUUCUUCCUCAACUCGCGUCAAAGCCCAAAGUGCAUCGUUGCGCCGACGAUUGCCGACGAGGUCGCCAAGAUUGUCAAGAAGCUGAGCGUGCGCGAGAAGAAACAGGUCGCCAUCAGAAGCGGUGGGCAUACUCCGAAUCCGGGGUUCGCGAAUACGGAUUCUGGAAUCACGCUGGAUCUGCGAGGUCUCAAUAAGAUCACGCUACAGGGACCGAGUGCUGAUGUGGUCUCCGUCGGUACGGGCACACUAUGGCGAGACAUAUAUGCCACGCUCGACCCGGUGAAUCGCACUGUCGUCGGCGCUCGAGUGGCUUCUGUAGGUGUAGGAGGAUUCUUGACGGGAGGUGGCCUAUCCUUCUUCUCCCCCAAGUACGGCUUCGGGUGCGACAACGUCGUAAAUAUGGAGGUCGUCCUGGCAAACGGCACCAUAGUCAGCGCCAAUGCGACGUCGCAUCCCGACUUGUUCCGCGCCCUGAAAGGCGGCCAAGGCAACUUUGGCAUCGUCACUCGCUUCGAUCUCAUCACCCACUCGCAGUCCGAGUACUGGGGUGGUGCGAUCCAGUACGCGGCUUCUGCCGAUGCGGCGCAACUGUCCGCGUUUGAGUCCUUCAAGGCAGCUUCAUACGAUGGCUCUGCCGAAAUUGAGCAGACAUUCGUUUACUUUGGUGCACUCAAGACCUUCUCCAGCACCAACAACAUGUUCUACAUGAAGCCGGUCGCCAAUGCCAGCGCGCUCAAAAUGUUCGCGGACAUUCAGCCGCAGACUACAAAUACGAUGCGCAUCUCCAACACGUCUGCUUUUGCGGAAGAGAUUGAAAUGUUUCAGCCAAAGGACCAGUUCGCUACCUAUGCCACAUUGAGCUUCCGCAUGGGCCCUGGGAUUCUGCCCAAAAUCUACAAGCAGUGGAAAGACGCAACAACCUCAUUGAGCGCCAAAGUUCCGAAUGUAACCAGCGUCCUAACGUUUCAAGACAUUCCCCCGCCUCCGGCUGCAAACGCCCCAGGAAAUUCGUUCCCAUUCGCGCCAGACUCGACGCCCCAUAAGGACGACGUCUUGGUUCUGUUCUCAUUCUACUGGCCCCACAAGCAAGAGUAUGAGUUGGUCGAGUCCACGAUCAAGGGGUUGACGGGGUCGGCUCAGAAGCUGGUGGGAGACAGAGUAAAGUUCAAGUAUCUCAACUACGCCGCUGCUUGGCAAGACCCGAUUGGCAGCUACGGGGACGAGAUGAACAAGAUGCUGGUCCGGGUUGCAAAAAGUUACGAUCCAAGUGGCUUUUUCCAAAAAGUCGUCACCGGUGGCUUCAAGUUGAGCAUGUAGGGAAAGUUGGCAACAGGGUUAGAGGGUUUUCAGGUUGGUUGCGAUUGAUGCGCUGGCAUAUAGGAAGACAUGGACUAUUGAACCUCAUACAUGUAGUAGCUUUUGAUGGGCCAAUGUAAAAGGAACUUGCACAUGACGACUACGCAAUACACUUGUCUAGGCAAGUUUGGAUGAACGUUUCAUUUGAUAGCGUUUGGGUGGGAAUGAAACAUGAACUAUGC